GCAAUGGCCGCUCAGGGAGAGCCUCCGGUCCAAUUCAAGCUUGUCCUCGUGGGUGAUGGUGGUACUGGGAAGACUACGUUUGUAAAACGCCACUUGACUGGUGAGUUUGAAAAGAAGUAUGUGGCCACCCUGGGUGUGGAGGUACACCCCCUGAUGUUCCACACGAGCAGAGGGCCUAUCAAGUUCAAUGUCUGGGACACUGCUGGUCAGGAGAAGUUUGGGGGCCUGCGAGAUGGCUAUUACAUCCAAGCCCAGAGUGCCAUUAUAAUGUUUGAUGUAACUUCAAGAGUAACUUACAAGAAUGUGCCCAACUGGCAUAGAGAUCUGGUACGGGUAUGUGAAAACAUCCCCAUUGUACUUUGUGGCAACAAAGUGGAUGUUAAGGACAGGAAAGUGAAGGCGAAGUCUAUUGUCUUCCACCGCAAGAAAAACCUUCAGUAUUAUGACAUUUCAGCUAAAAGCAACUACAACUUUGAGAAGCCCUUCCUCUGGCUCUCCAGAAGACUUACUGGAGACCCUAACUUGGAGUUUGUUGCCAUGCCGGCUCUAGCCCCACCUGAGGUGGUCAUUGACCCAGCGUUGGUAGUACAAUAUGAGCGUGACUUGGAGGUGGCACAGACCACUGCCCUACCGGAUGAGGAGGAUGACCUGUAAGAAAGUGAAGCUCUGAAGACAUCAGUACCUAGAUGUGCAGGCAACUGAUCUGUGAUGUCAGCAGUGUGGCCCAUGUGUC